GGAGCUCCUCCUGUGCGUGUGUUACUGUGACGCUUGUCAACUAAUUUAACUAACUUAAUUCCCGCUGAAAAGAUCCGCACAUUUCCGACUUGACGACAGAGAAGGAAUACGAUAACAACAACAAACCACUGAGAAACCCUCCCAGGAGAAGAGGGAGAGAACAGCCGCCCGAGCCACCCGGGGAGCUGACGUUUAACCAAACAAUUUACAGUUUUGGUCUGUGCAGGAGGAUGGUGGUUCCAUACGAGGGCCAGUCUUUCUCUGCCCUGAGGAGGCAGUGUCAGCAAAAUGGAAGUCUGUUUGAAGACCCCCUGUUCCCCACAUCCGACCAGUCUCUGUUCUACCAGAGCAACCGCAUCGGCAGUGUCACCUGGAAAAGGCCGAAGGAGUUAUGCGGCAACCCCCAUCUGUUUGUGGACGGCAUCAGUGCCCAUGACCUGCACCAGGGCCAGCUGGGAAACUGCUGGUUCGUAGCCGCCUGCUCCAGUCUGGCCUCCAGGGAGGCGCUAUGGCAGAAGGUGAUCCCUGACUGGAAGGACCAGGAGUGGGAUGAGGAAAAACCGGAAUCCUACGCCGGGAUCUUCCACUUCCGAUUCUGGCGGUUUGGUGAGUGGGUGGACGUGGUGAUCGACGACCGGCUGCCCACGGCGAACGGGGAGCUGGUGUACUGCCACUCCAACGACAGCAACGAGUUCUGGAGCGCGCUGGUGGAGAAGGCCUACGCCAAGAUGUGCGGAUGCUACGAGGCGCUUGACGGGGGCAACACGGCCGACGCUCUCGUAGAUUUCACCGGCGGCGUUUCCGAGCCGAUGGACUUGAUGGAGAACGGCUUCAAAGACGACGACGAGAAACGCAAUGAGCUGUUUGAGAGAGUCCUGAAGGUCCACGACAGAGGGGGACUCAUCAGCUGCUCGAUCCGGGCGACCACUGCGGCCGACAUGGAGGCCAGGCUGUCCUGCGGCCUGGUGAAGGGCCACGCCUACGCGGUGACAGACGUCCGCAGGGUGAGGCUGGGCCACGGCUUGAUGGCCUACUUCCGGUCUGAUAAACUCACCAUGAUCCGCAUGAGAAACCCCUGGGGAGAGAAAGAGUGGAACGGGGCCUGGAGCGACAGCUCUGAAGAGUGGAAGAAGGUCAGUAAGAGUGAGAGGGAGACGAUCGGUGUCACCGUGCGGGAUGAUGGAGAGUUCUGGAUGACGUUUGACGACUUCAUCGUCAACUUCACGGACCUCAUCCUGUGUCGCCUCAUCAACACAUCCUACCUGAGCUUCCAUAAGACCUGGGAGGAGUCCGUGAUGCGGGGCUCCUGGCAGCGCCAUGACGAGCCGCUUCUCAACCGAGCCGGAGGCUGCACCAACCAAAAGCACUCCUUCCUCCAGAACCCACAGUACGUGUUUGACGUGAAGAAGCCGGAGGACGAGGUUCUGAUCUGUCUGCAGCAGAAAGACCGCAGAGCCACACUGAGAGAGGGACGAGGAGAAAACCUGGCUAUUGGCUUUGAGAUUCACAGGGUGGAGUUCAACAGAACCUACCGUAUGCACGUCACCCAGCAGAAGGUUGGCGGGAGCGUCUUCAUCAACUCGAGGUCUGUGUUUAUACGCAUUGAGCUGACGGAGGGGCGGUACGUCAUCAUACCCACGACCUUUGACCCUGACCUGGAGGGAGUCUUCCUGCUCCGCACCUUCACUGACGUGCCGUCCGACUGCAAGGAGUUGACUCUACAUGAACCUCCACAGACCUGCUGGUCCGGGUUGUGUGGUUAUCCCUCUCUGGUCACUCAGAUCCAUGUACUGAAUGCGAAUGGACUCGCAGGACAAGACUCUGAUGGAGUGUCGGACCCCUAUGUGUUAAUUCGUUGUGAAGGAGAGAAGGUUCGCUCACCAGUCCAUAAAAACACACGCAGCCCCAACUUCGACACCAAAGGACUCUUCUACAGGAAGAAAGCCAACCAGCCAAUCAGAAUUGAGAUCUACAACCACAACGUGUUGAUGGACUCCUUCCUGGGUCAGGUGACUCUUCCCGCCGAGCAGGGCGAAUUCCACCAGACGCUCCACCUGAGGGACAAGGGCGAUCGCCGUGACAACGACCUGCCGGGAACACUCACCGUCACAAUAGUGACCAGCGCGGUGCUCACCAACAUCUGACACUGCCACGGAAAAUAAAAUUGUCCAGGCCGCUCAAGUUUAACCGCUGUGUAAGGGUUAAGUUACAUAUUUGGCACAAAUGGAGGGUUUACAUUUUGGAUGAUUACUUUCUAGAAGAUUGCACAUCCUGCAGGAGGCCUGGGGGGAUCAAACCUGAUGCUCUUGCUGUAUUGAAGGAAUCUUAUUUAUCCUAAAAAUAAUAUGUAGUUGGCUUCUAUACACGUUUACAUAUUAUUCUGUGAAAGACACACAAGGAUACACAUGCUUAUUUCUCAUGCCAAAAGCAACAAUGCUGAUAAUUCAACAUGAGAAUGUAUUAUCUUUCAAUGUAAUAAUUUGAUGAAAUCCUAUAUCUAGAUAUUGUGAUAUAAAAUUACCCUGGCAUUAUUACCAACAUCCUCUUCUUGAACCCUUUUACCCUCCACAUUACCACAUCAUCCACUUUGUUAUCUAGGGUUAUUCAGAUAAGAGUUCAUUUUAUUCCUAUAGCCCCAAAUAGUAAAUAGGAUAAUAACGUUCGGAUAAUAGAUUGGAUAUAAUUUAUUGGGGGCGUGGCUUUUGAGGGAGGCCUACAUGGGUUGGGGCUGUCUAUGUUGUUGACUUGGCGACUUUCUCGCUAGAUUUAGCAACUUUUGCAUCUAAACGUAGUCUGUGUUUACAGUUCUUCAUGUUAUGUCUAUUGACCACUACUUAGUGCCAUUUGUAUUUUUCUGUUUCAUGUCUAUUUUACCUUCUUCUUUUUUUUUAACCCUUUUUAAAAUCCUAUUGACCUGUCUUUUUAUAUGGGCCUCUGAUAUCACAACUCCUGUACACCACUUUGUAUUGCCUCGUUGAGAAGUUCUACACAAAUGUACUUGCCCUACCCAGAUGUAUAUCAUCAUGUUUAAACAUAGCCAGCUGCAGAAUCUGACAUUGUAGUUAGCAUGCUGCUAUGUUUUCCAUAUCAUUUGUCAGAUACUUAGUUUCUCAUCAUAUGCACCCUGGUGGGUUUUUGUUGUUGAUAAAAACAGAUGUAUCUUCUUGAAUUAUAUCAAGUAAUUCACUCUGGGUGAAUACAAUGGUAUUUUUGUCUAAUUACAUGUUGUAGUUUACAUUGUCAGAAUGUAUCAAAUAAAUAUAAAUAUACACUGCCA